AAAAAUCCAAAUUUGUGGACUAUUCUUGUAACUCGUUUUCUGGCACUCUACAAUUCACCUUGUCCUACGAGCCACCACCAUAACUAGCCACCCUCCACCGGACCAGCGUGUGUCAUAAAACCAAUAUGCCAAAAGUACCCCUACCCCCUCUUCUCCUUCUCCUCCUCCUCUUCCUCCAACCCUUUCAUGUAAUUCCACAACCCACCACCACCACCCAAAAUGACCAAACCACCCUUCUCAACCUUAAACACUUCUGGUCCAAUCCACCCUCCCUCAACCACUGGAACCAGUCCUCUGACCCCUGCAGCUGGCCGGAGAUCACAUGUACCGCCGCCACCAUCACCGGAAUCGAAAUAACGAAUACAGACAUCAACGGAAUGGUUCCUGGGAUCAUUUGUGACCUUAAAAACAUGACACAUCUUGAUCUCAAUUACAACUACCUCACCGGAGCUUUUCCGAAAGCUCUGUACAACUGCACCAAUCUGCAAUACCUUGAUCUCUCACAAAACUUCUUUGUGGGGCGAAUACCGGAUGACAUAUCGCGGUUAUCUCCAGAGCUCCGGUUUCUCAGCCUGUUUGGCAAUAACUUCACAGGUGACAUUCCGAUCAGCAUUUCAAGAUUAUCGAAGCUUUCGUCACUUCAACUACACAUGAAUCUUUUCAACGGUAGUUUUCCGGAGGAAAUCAGUUACUUAAGUGAUCUUGAAGAAUUAAACUUGGCCUUUAAUGGCUUUAAGCCAUCAAGACUCCCCCUGGCUUUUACUCGGUUGAAAAGGCUUAGAAAGUUUUAUAUGACAGAAGCGAACUUGAUCGGUGAAAUACCCGCAAAUUUAUCCAGCAUGAUCGCGCUCGAGCUGCUGGAUUUGUCUGUCAAUCAGAUUAAUGGAUCAAUACCAAGUGAUCUGUUCUCAUUAAAAAACUUGACACAAGUUUAUCUUUAUGCGAAUAAACUAACUGGGGGAAUGCCAGAUCCAACUGAAGCAUUGAACAUGGAGAUAGUUGAUCUCUCAGCCAAUAGUUUGACUGGUAAAAUACCCGAUGGGUUUGGUAGUCUGAUGAGUUUAACGAACUUAACCCUCAUGUUAAAUCAGUUAUCCGGUGAAAUACCGGUGAGUAUCGGCCGCUUGCCUAACUUGCAAGAUUUUAGAAUUUUUCGGAAUAAUUUAUCCGGUCCAUUGCCACUGGAUUUUGGGAGGUACUCUGACCUGAAAAUAUUCGACGUUAGCGAAAACCAGUUGACCGGAAACUUACCGGAAAAUUUGUGUUACAAUGGAAAACUUAUAGGCUUGAGUGUUUUCGAUAACAGUCUUUCAGGCGAGAUACCAAAAUCCCUUGGAAACUGUAACACCUUGAAGAACUUCCAGGUUUACGGGAACAGAUUUUCAGGAACAAUCCCUGAUAGCUUGUGGAAGCUUUCCAUGUUAGAAACAGUGAUGAUGAGCGGUAAUUCAUUUUCCGGUGAGCUGCCACACGAGUUGGGGCCAAAACUAUGGACGCUUGAUAUCAGUAACAACAAAUUUUCCGGUGAGUUACCGCCCAAGUUGGGGCCAGAAUUAUGGACGCUUGAUAUCAGUAACAACAAAUUUUCUGGUGAGUUACCACACGAGUUGGGGCCAAAACUACGGAUGCUUAAUAUCAGUAACAACAAAUUUGCCGGUGAGUUACCACACGAGUUGGGGCCAAAACUAUGGGUGCUUGAUAUCAGUAACAACAAAUUUUCCGGUGAGUUACCACACAAGUUGGGGCCAGAACUGUGGAUGCUUGAUAUCAGUAACAACAAAUUUUCCGGUCAAAUUCCAACAGCCAUAUCAUCUUGGACAAAUCUGAGGUUUUUCCAAGCAAGUUAUAACCUCCUCGAUGGUGCAAUUCCAAAAGAUUUAACAGCACUACAAAAUUUACAAACGUUGUUGCUAGAUGGGAACCAAUUCACUGGUGGAUUACCGGAAACUAUCAUUUCAUGGAGGUCACUCCAAACUUUAAAUCUCAGUAGGAACCAACUCACCGGAAGGAUUCCGGCUGGUCUAGGGUUCUUAUAUGAUCUCGUGGUAUUGGACUUGUCAAGAAACAAACUUUCAGGUAAAAUACCAAGUCAACUUGGCGAACAGUUCGUUUUUCUUGAUCUUUCAGCCAACCCUGGUCUUUGUUCAGAUAAACCAUCAUUAGGGUUUAAUUCUUGCAGAUCUAGCAAUAAUUUAGCUAAGUAUGUGGCGAUGAUUGCAAGUAUAGCAGUGAUAUUGUUGAUCCUGUCGGUACUAAUGACCAGAUAUGUCAUUGUUUAUUACCGGAGAAAAAAGCAUGGUUUAGAUACAAAAUGGAACUUCACUGCUUUCCAGAAUUUGAACUUCACAGAAUCCACAGUCUUGCCUCAUUUGACAGAAAACAACGUGAUUGGGCACGGUGGUUCCGGGAUGGUAUACCGGGUUCCUGUAAACAGAUCAGGGGACUUUGUGGCGGUAAAGAAGAUUUCUAGCAAAAAGGACUUAGAUCAAAGGCUUGAGAAAGAGUUCUUAGUAGAAGUCGAGAUACUAAGCAUGAUUCGCCACUCAAACAUAGUUAAAUUGAUGGGUUGCAUUUCAUGUGACAUCUCGAAGCUCCUUGUGUAUGAGUAUAUGGAAAAACGAAGUUUGGACCGUUGGCUGCACCGAAAGCAGGCACCACCAAGCCGUGGGCUCAGUGGUUCCGUGCACCAUGUGGUGCUUGAUUGGCCUACAAGGUUGCGGAUAUCAUUGGGGGCAGCUAGAGGUUUGUGUUAUAUGCACCACGAUUGUGUACCGGGGGUAGUCCACAGGGAUGUGAAAUCUAGCAAUGUGCUCUUAGAUAGUGAAUUCAAUGCCAAGAUAUCCGAUUUUGGGUUGGCCAGGAUCUUAGCCAAGGAAAAUGAGCUCAACUCAAUGUCAACCGUAGCUGGUUCAUUUGGAUACAUGGCUCCUGAAUAUGCUCACACAACCAGAGUGAACGAGAAGGUAGAUAUUUACAGCUUUGGAGUGAUCUUGUUAGAAUUAGCAACGGGGAAAGAGGCCACCAAUGGGGAUGGGAAUUCAUCACUUGCGCAAUGGGCUUGGCAACAAACUGUAGGUGGCGCACCGAUAGAAGAUGCAUUAGACAAUGAGGUUAAGGAGCCCAUGUACUUGAAUGAGAUGACUAGUGUAUUUGAACUCGGGCUAUGGUGUACAAGUCAAUUGCCAACCAAUAGACCCUCCAUGAAGGAGGUAUGCCGGAUGCUGCUUGUUGUAGCACAGCCUCAGGCACGAUGGUGAUGUAGUUGACCAUUUUCCCCUUCUUAAGCUUGAAAUGUCUAAAAAUAAGAUUUAUACUCUAUGGCUACUAAUGUGAUUCAAGGUAA